GCCACUUUCGAUCUCUGGAUAACAUCAUACACGAACACACAGAAAUACUCCGUUUCACAAACUGUAGACAAUGGCUGGCAUGACUGAAUUGGCAUUUGCACGACAAUUCCUCACUGCACUUGACUCGCGGCCCAUCAAAUUCUCCAGCGACCACGUAUUGGAUCCCAAGCAGUAUCCCGCACAAGGCGCAUAUAUAAUACCUAAGCUGUCAUCGCAACCACUUAAAAGGAAGCGACAGCCGUCGACAGCAGCACCGGGUGCUGAAAAGGCACCCAUCAGCAUCACAGUCUCACUCAAGAACAGCAAAUCGCCAACCGCAUCAUACACUCUUGAAUCCCAGCCUCUGACAUGUAGCGUAUUCGAUCUAAAGUCUGCGUACGCGGUAAAGUCCGGUGCACCGAUAGACAAGAUCAAACUCUUGUACAACAAGAAACCUACGACGGAUUCAAAGACGCUCAAGGAUUUACUGGGUGACACAGCAGAGUCGACAAAGGAGGUUGAGUUCACAGUCAUGGUGAUGGGUGGGAUACCUGCAGGUGUAAGCCCGAGAAUACAGUCUCCAGAGCUUGCUACUGAGUCUGUGGCACCGGCUGCGCAAGGCGUUAGCGGGGCAGAUGUUCUGAAGGAGGAAGAGUUCUGGAGGGAUCUUCACGGCUUCUUGCAACAGAGGAUACGGGAUGAAAGUGAAGCAUUAAGAUUAUCAAGUCUAUUUAGAAGUGCUUGGCAAAAAGGUUCAGUAUGAACUCGAGUUGCAUAGCCUAAAUAAUAUCCAAGUGGCAUCCACCUCUUGUUGCAUACAUGUCGGACACAUCUAAAUUCUCUUCUAAAAAAGUUC